AUGACAAACAAACCAGGACUACUACCUAAGUGGCUGGUGGCACACACAGCAAUCAAAGCCAUGUACAUGCUGGCUGUUAAUAAUAGAAAAAGCAUCGAUUUUCUGGAUGGCAUUAGGAGCAUGAAGUUUUCGUAUGCACAUCUUACGCUUUUGCUCAGCUUUGCAAGGCUUAUGUCUUUGAAAAGGAUAACAAAAUCCAGGUUUUACAUUAUGAUUGCAGUAUCUUUUUUUGCAGAGGGUGUGUUUUUUAUAUAUGGAGGGAUUUAUGGGACAUAUAGCAAGGUGAGGGUUCUAUCUGAGGUGUUUUUGGAUGUGUUUACGCUAGCAUGGAUGGUGUUUUUGUAUCCUUACUAUCUGGUAGACAUUGAUGACGAAAGGAAAUCGCUAUGA